AUUUGCGAAGGGAAAGGCAGUGGACCAAUCAGCGUAAACCCCAGGAGUAAACCAAUGUUGCGCUUGCGUGAAGUAGAUGGUUUCGUGUGUGGUUGUUACUGUUGCAGUUUUUUUCCCCAAAAUAACUUUAUAAUGGUCUGUGUAAAGCGUUGGUAUUACGCUACUACUCUGGAUUGAGAAUAUAUUUAAAUCACAGUUUCUUCUACUUUCAACCCUUAUGUUUUGAUCUCCCAGUGACCAGCUUUCCACCACGUUGCAGAAAAGUUUGAUUAUUAUUCUGAAAGGAGGAUGCAAUUGAGAUGCAAUAUAAAGUAAAGUAACUUGAGUUAUUUUGUAUUUUUCUUUUUGAUUUCUUAAUAAGAAGCUUUUCAUCACGUAGAAGAAGAGCUAUAGAAAAAUCUUUCCAUUUUACUUUCACACUCCUGUAAUUCAGACUCACGCACGUCCCACACUUGAGUUAACAGCGAGUUCGUUACGUCUUUGUAGCCUGAAAUGGAGAUUGGGCAGUGUAAAGGUGGCAUAAAGUGUUGCCCUAUUGCUUUGAAGAACCCAAUUCAGUUUGUUAACACAUAACCUUAGCAAAUGCCCCUUUCAGCUGCAAUAAAUACAGUCGCAGACAGUAUGUACAGCAGUGGUGCGCUUACUUUUUAGCAGUAAAUAAGUAAUGGACAUUGACAGCUGUCAACUGCAGUGAAAUAAUUCUUUACAAUGGAUGAACUGGAGAGCCCUACAUUAGUGGUAAGAAAAGUUUCCACUCGUAAACGGCAUCGAGAUGUAAAAAGCAAUCAGACCCCCGAACCUAAAAAGACCAGUGCUAGCAGAGUAUUUUCUGAGGAAAAGCAGGAGUGUGAAGAAGAAACUGGGUGUACUACAGAGGCUGGAAAACAAUGUUAUGACCAGAGCAGUGACAGUGAUGAAGACCUUUUUGGGGAGUAUGACAGCUUUGCUGAAGAGACUUCCUUUCUAGCACAGCUAGAUAACGCUGGCAGAAACGUAACUGAUUUUGAUAAUUAUGUCACCUCUUGUACUGUGAAAAAGAGAAAUGUGAUCAUCAGCCAUCCUGCAGAUAAGGACAUUAUGAAUAAGCAUUCUACGUUUAACCAUAUUCUAGGUCAACAUAUGCCAGCAGUUACCCAAAAUGUCAUAGAUGAAGAUAUUGCAGGGGCGGGAGAAGUGGAUGAAUUACCUUGCUCUCAGCUCUUACUGCCUGAAGAGAAUAGUGUUCCACUACCAGUUGUUUUUUCUAGUAAUAUUGGCAACUGUGACAACAACUAUCUCAAAUCGUAUACUGUCACUGAGCAAACUAGUGCUGACUCAAAUGUAACUGAUAAAACUGCUAAUAAAAGGAAGAGUCUGCAAGAUCACAUCAAAAGUACACUAGCUGGAAAUGCAAAGGUGCAGGUACCCCAAAUUUCUAGGAGUAAACACCUUAAGGAGGCUGCAGUAGCAGAGGAGAUAAACAUUGCAAUGAAAGCCAUUGAUUCAACAGUUGAAAAUCUUGAUCAUGGCCCAUUUUAUGGUUUGCCAACUAAAGUAAAAGACUUGUUCACCCAGCAACGUGGAAUCAAAGAAUUAUAUGAUUGGCAGCACACUUGCUUAACAUUGCCAUCAGUGCAACAGAGAAGGAAUCUAAUCUAUUCCUUGCCUACUAGUGGUGGGAAGACCCUAGUAGCAGAGAUACUGAUCCUGCAGGAACUGCUUCUCAGACAGCAAGAUGUAUUGAUGAUUUUACCCUAUGUAGCAAUAGUCCAGGAAAAGGUUCGAGGACUGUCUGGAUUUGGAUUAGAGCUUAAUUUCUUGGUUGAAGAAUAUGCUGGUAGUAAAGGGAGGUUUCCACCAAUCAAGAGAAGGAAAAAAAAAUCUUUGUAUAUCGCAACAAUUGAAAAGGGACACAGCUUAGUGAACUCAUUGAUAGAAGUGGGAAGAAUUGAAGAUCUGGGUCUGAUAGUAGUAGAUGAGUUGCACAUGCUUGGUGAAGGGAGUCGAGGCGCCAUUCUAGAAAUGACCUUAGCUAAAAUUCUCUACUCUUGCAAGACAACGCAGAUAAUAGGGAUGAGUGCAACGCUGAACAAUGUUAAUGAAUUGCAGCAGUUCUUGAAGGCAGAGCACUAUACCAGUGAUUUUAGACCGGUGAAGCUGAUGGAAUUUGUUAAACUUCGUGAUAGUAUCUAUGAAGUAGAUACCAAAGCAGAAGACUGUUUUGCCUUCUCCCGCCUCCUUAAUUUCAAGUAUUCCAGUAACUUGCAGAAGAUGGACCCAGACCACCUAAUUGCUCUGGUAACUGAAGUCAUUCCACUUCACUCAUGCCUGGUCUUCUGUCCCACCAAAAAGAAUUGUGAAAAUGUUGCUGAAAUGAUUUGUAAAUACCUGAACAAAGAAUUUUUAAAUCAUAAACAUAAAGAAAAAUGCAGCCUUCUUGAUGAUCUGAAGAGUUUUGGUGAUGGUACUAUCUGUCCUACUUUGAAGCGAACAGUGCCAUAUGGUAUUGCUUAUCACCACAGUGGAUUGACUAAUGACGAAAGAAGGUUGAUUGAGGAGGCCUAUUCUACAGGCAUUUUGUGCCUUCUGACCUGCACAUCUACUCUAGCUGCUGGAGUUAACUUGCCAGCACGCAGGGUAAUUCUUAGGUCUCCAUACGUUGCCACAGAUUUUCUGAAAAGAAGCCAGUACAAACAAAUGGUCGGUCGAGCAGGUCGAGCAGGCAUUGACACUGCUGGUGAGAGUAUUCUUAUACUACAAGAAAAAGAUAAAGUCCAGGUUAAAGAUUUAGUGAGAAAGCCUCUAGAAAAUUGCUACAGUAACCUUUUGCUCAACAGCUGUAAAGGAAUUCAGAGCCUUCUUCUUUCUUUGAUUGGACUAAAGAUUGUAAGAAGCCCUGAAGAAAUCUGCAAGUUCAUAUAUGGCACACUUUUCAGUGUACAGUACCAACAACUGUCAGAAGGCAAGAGUCUGUGGGAUAUAGUGAAAGAUGCUUUAGAAUAUUUGAUUGAAAAAUGUCUGAUAACAGCUAAAAAAGGCUGUGAGAAUGAAGGACAAGAAAUUAGCUGUAUUCUAGAAAUUACACAGCUGGGUCAUGCUACCUAUAAAGGUUCUAUAGAUUUGUCCUACUGCGAUCUCCUCUACAAAGAUUUAAAGAAAGGUCUUGAAGGGCUUGUUCUUGACAGUCUACUUCAUCUUCUCUACUUGGUUACUCCAUAUGAUAUGAUUUCUCAGUACAAUCCAGAUUGGAUGUUAUACUUCAGACAGUUCAGUCAGCUAAGUGCAGCAGAACAGAAAAUGGCGGUCAACCUAGGGGUAUCUGAGAGUUUUCUGGCAAAGAAGGCGUCAGGUCACAGUGUGAAGAAGAGUCCAGAUUCUGACAUUGUGAAUAGAUUUUAUUUAUCGUUAGUGCUGUAUGCUCUUUUGAAAGAGACAAAUCUAUGGACAGUGGCACACAAAUUCAACAUGCCUCGUGGAUUUGUUCAGAACCUGCUCAAUUCAACAGCAGUUUUCUCCUCCUGUGUCCUGCACUUCUGUGAGGAGUUGGAAGAAUUCUGGAGUUACAGAGCUCUUUUCACAGAACUUACUAAAAAAUUGACAUACUGUGUUAAAUCAGAGCUUAUCCCACUCAUGGAGAUUUCGGGUGUUUUAGAGGGUCGGGCAAAGCAGCUGUACAGUGCAGGCUAUAAGACAGUGGUGCAUGUUGCAAAUGCAGAUCCAGAGGUUCUCAUCAAGAACGUUGAUCACCUGUCUCGACGCCAAGCUAGACAGAUUAUUACUUCUGCUAAGAUGUUGCUCACUGAAAGAAUUGAAGCUUUACAAGAUGAAGUGGAGGAGCUCCAGAAGCUGCCAUCUGAUAUGCCAGGAGAGCUUGUAUCUAGUGAAGACACAAGUAUCACAGCUGAAUGAGCUGGUGCUUAUCAUGUACAUACGAUUCCAUAUCAAACUCUUGUAUAUAUGUAUAUAUUUGAAGUAAUAUAUACUUAAGGUUAUUUUGUAUUAAAAGAAGUGAUUAUGUUUUAUGAAUAGUCUGUGCAUUUUGGUAAACUGCAGCUUAUUAAAUAAUCUGCAAUCAUGAAUUUCCACACUGUUUGUUUCUGUGUGUUUUAUCCAGUUGUAAACUUAUUUUAUUUAAAUGGCCCUAAUAAAUAAGGAGAGUGAAUGAGGUUA